UUUGCACUGCACGUGCUUCGGUUGUAAAUUUAAAUAAAAAAUUCAAUUUAUUUUUUAAUUAGGUACAUACCUACCUAUCCGAUAAUGGAGUUAUAAUUAAUUAUCAAACUAAAUGUACAAAAUUUACCUAUGUAUAUUCAUCGAAAUCGUUUUCAAAAUAAAAUUAAAAUGCAUCUAAUCAAUAAUAGAAUUAUGAUUACACUAACUCUGUAAUAAAAUAAACAAAAUUUUAUAUUCCAAGUCCCAUAAAAUAUAUUUAAAUAUGUUUUUGUCGUUCUUUAAAUUUCCUAAUGUAUUUUUCGGGCUGUCAACUUUUGUUAUAGCGACAAAUUGUUGUUCAAGUCAAUUAGCUAAAAAUUUAAAAUGGGGCUAUGUUCCAUGUAAUGAUCGUAACAAUAAUGAUGUUAUGAUUGGAACUAUAGCUUCGCUUCAUAACAACCAAAGAAAAUUAAUAGAAAGAGUCUCAAAUUCAGGAGAAGUUCCCAGAAAUUUUUCGUUUAACUCUUCAAUAUCAAAUAAAACUGAGAGAAACAAAUCAACUUUACGUAAACAAGGAAAAGGUUCGUCACUUAAGCGUACGCGUAAAACUCAUGCAAGAAAAUGCACACAAUAUUUUGAUCUUUUAUUUUGUUUAAAUGGUGGUCGUUGCCUGAAUUAUGUGACUGGGAAAUCUUCCACAAUAUCAUGCCAAUGCCCAGACGGUUACUACGGUGAAAGAUGUGAUUUCAAAUAUACUGCUUAUGAUAAAACAGAGGUACCUGAUUCAGAAUCUUCUCGUUUAUCUAUAAUAAAUAAAUGUGAACCUGAUUUUGAUUUAUUGUUCUGUCUAAAUGGUGGAAGUUGCUUCAACUAUCUUAUAGGAGACUCAUCUAUAAUAUCGUGUUUAUGUGCUGAAGGAUAUUAUGGUGAAAGAUGUAAUUAUAAAUACACAUUCGAAGAAGGAUUUGUUUCGUACGAAUACUACGAUCAUAAUCAUCGAAGUGGACAUAUUAUACGAAAAGCAAAAAUCUAUAUCACACCAUUUAUUGCAGCUUUAUUGAUAAUUAUUGUAUUAUACGCCACUAUUGGUGUUACAUUUGUCGAUUCGAUUCGACAAGCGUACAACAGAAAAUUUUUUAAUCGAACUAAACAUAAAAUCUUCAAUUUUCAAAAAAUGAAAUGCUUUAUUUAUUUUUUUGCUAAAAAAAAUUAAUUUAAAUUUAUUUAACUUUAAUUUAUAUAACUUUUUUAUUUCAACAUGCGGCGCUGCAUAAUUUUAAUUUGAUUUUUUGUAUAAGUAAUGUAAUCCGUACUUACUUAGAAAUAAGUAAUGUAUUUAGGAAAACUUAGUUCAUUUACAUACUUACAUAUUUAUAUUUUCUGCUUACCGUCAUGACUUAUAAAAGCAAAUUAACGUGUUUCUUUUUUUCUUUUUCUUCUUAAAUACUUUACAUUUUUGUAAACCUAACAUUCAUUUCAAAUUUAUG